CACACUGUACUUUGCCCAGCCCUAUGAAUGUCCAUUUUGUCUCGAAAAACAUGAAGAACAUCUUACAUUGGCUGCCACCAGAAGGGAUAGCAGAGGAAAAAGUAAACUAUACAGUGAAGUAUUUAAUAUAUGGCACAAAUAAAUGGAUUAAGAAUUCAGAAUGCAAAAACAUCAGUCAAACUUGGUGUGACCUCUCACAUGAAACUUAUGACCAUAAGGAGCUAUAUCAUGCCAGAGUAAAAGCCUUUUCAAAUGGAAACUGUUCCGGCUGGGCAGAAUCUGCACGGUUUAAUCCAUUCACAGACACUAAAAUUGAUCCUCCUGCAUUUUCCCUGUCUUCUACUGAAAACUCUAUUUCAGUCAUUGUGACUCCACCUGAGAAAUGGCGGAGAGGCCCGGAAGAGGAACCUGAGUAUUUGCAUCAAAUAUACCUCAGCCUGCAAUAUAAUGUGACUGUAUUCAACAAAAAAAUUAAGAAAAGGUGGGCCUUCUGUAUUAAAAACAACAGCCUGGAAGUGCAGCAGUUAGAACCAAACACAGGAUAUUGUGUCACGGUGCAAAUAUAUAUUACUCCACUUCUGCUUAGUGGAUUUUCUAAAGAACAUUGCAUUGAUACUCUAAAAGAUCCUACUUUCAAGCAGACAACAACAAUAAUAUUUGGAUAUAUUUUGCCUGUCUUUUUAACCGUCCUUAUUAUUUUGGUGCCAAGCUGCUGUGCUUAUAGGUACAUUCACACAGCGAAGCAAACGUAUCCUAAAAACUUGGUUUUGAAGCACAGUAACCAGUCUGGGGGAGACGUGUUUGUUCCUUCUGAAAAAAUAGUGGUUAACUUUAUCACUGUUACUAUCGUUGAUGAGUACAAGAACUCUCUGGAGAACUCUCAUUUCAUAGAUCAUUCCAAGAGUUCUAAUGGGAUUUGUGAUGGAAACAAUGUUGAAGAAAUCUCAUUAAAAGAAGAACUAGAAGAAAAACAUUCUCCAGACACUUGCCUGACUGAGGAAUUUGAAAAUAAGCAAAAUGGGAGCAGGCUACCAGCGACAGCUUGUGGCUCUCAUUGUACUUUUGGCCAGAGGUACAAUGAAGAGGUUGUAGUGUAUGAGUUUGACAUGAGGGCUGAAGAUGGACUCCCAAAUGAGAACAAACAAAAAGAGCUUCACUUAAAAGAAAACGUUUUUGCUGUAGAGGGAUUGCUGCUGUCCAGCUCCCCAAAAGCACGGUCACCAACUCCUGAAAGAGGACCAUCCUACUACCUUCCAUUUGAUGUGAGAGCACCAAAUAUGUUUUUAGUGCAGAAACUAAGUGAACUCCUUUUGAAUGAGAUGGAGCCUGUGCCAGAAAACCUAUGUAAUGACCUCCAGCCUCCCUUGAUAAAUCUUGUGACUGGGCAGGUGGACCAAGCUUUUUGUCCUGAAUGUGGUAUGGUCACAGACAUUUGUUUGGUACAUGAUCAAAAGGAGCCUUUUUUGGAUCGGGUGGGUUCUGUACCCAAAGAGCCAGAAUCUUUCACAAAGGUCAUGACUAGAUACACAGCCUCGCCAUACUGUCCUCAGUUUGUAACAUGGGCCAGCCAAGACCAACAGGCAGCAAAGGAAGCAGAAGAAAAGAGCUUAAUAGUAGCCUGGGGUCCACAGACAGGGAGACUUUAUCUACCCUCGUUGUCCAAUUUAAAAAAUGAAAUACAUGAACAAAUCAUUGAAAAUCAAAAGUAUGAUGAAUCUCUGGGGGAAAGACUUUUUUGCAAACGUUAUGAGAGACCAUACUCUGAUGAGCCAUUGGAGGAAAAGAAGGAAGUGUAUCUCCAGCAACUUAAAGAACAAUGGGGACUGCACAUACCAACACAGGCUUAA